AUGGAAUUUGACCUCGGCAACAAUGCCACAGACAUCUGCAAGAUUCUGUUGAAUCGGACGGCCGGCCAAAACGAGGAAAGUUGCGAAUUGAACUGUUCAUGCCAGGAACGCUCGCCCAGGUUGCUCGCGUUCUACCUUUACGUGGUGUUUGUGGUUAUAGCGUCAGUGCUUUCUGUGACAGUGACCGUUAUAUCAGAUGCUGUGACCUGUGAGUUCUUGGGCGAUAACGCCAAGUCUUUUGGACAGCAGAGGCUUUGGGGCGCCGUGAGCUAUGGACUCUGUAGCGCCCUUCUGGGAUUCUUCAUUGACGAAGCGAACAAAUUAACGAAAGGACGCUCCGGAUACUUUCCGUGUUUCAUCCUAUUUUCUGUGUUCUUGCUGCUAGACAUGUUUCUCCUCUGCUGCGUCCCGCGAUGGACAAUGGAAAAGGUAACAACUACUUUCUUUAGGGACGUCAGGGCGGUUUUCAGUCGCCUUGAUGUGACUGUGUUUGUCCCUUGGGCGUGUCUUCUUGGAACAUUGUUCAUUAUCACGCAAUCCUACACCAUUUGGUUCUUAGAAGACAUGGAAGCAUCAAAGCUCAUCAUUGGGCUAUACACUUUUGUGGGCACUUUGGCGGAACUACCCUUGCUGUUUUUCUCGGAGCCGAUUCUGAAACGAACCGGUUGUUUCUCGGCGUGUUCCCUGUCAUUUGCAUCGUACGCGGUGUCGUACGUUGGUCGCACGUUUGUUCGUAACCCGUGGUUCAUGCUGCUGACAGCCAUCCCCAAUGGUGCCGCCUUUUCUUUGGCGGUGUCGUCCAUCACGGUGUUCGCCAAAGAGGCCGCUCCAUCAGGGACGACAGCCUCCGUGAUGUGCAUCCUGAACGCCUUGGGCUUCAAUGGUAUCGGUAAGUUACCUAUGUAG